AUGGCAGACACACAGACCACUGACGUUGUCAUAAUCGGUGCUGGUAUCUCCGGCAUUAACGCCGCAUAUCGCGUUCAAUCUGCCUUUCCUAACCAUUCCUACGCUAUUCUUGAAGCCCGCGAUAAUCUCGGUGGGACGUGGGACCUUUUUCGCUACCCCGGUAUCCGCUCCGACUCGGAUUUGUUUACAUUCGGGUUCGCAUGGCAUCCGUGGCAUCAGGAUAACCCGAUCGCCACCGGCGAAUCGAUAGCAAAAUACCUGCGCGACACCGCAGACGAAUAUAAGAUUUCGCCGCACAUCCACUUCCAACACAAAGUCCUCGCCGCAGACUGGUCCUCCGAGGAAAACCUCUGGUCGCUGACAGUUGAGCACGAUGGCAAGACCAAGACCAUGAACGCGCGGUUUAUCGUCUGGGGCACAGGCUACUAUGACUACAACCAACCUCUGCACUCGCCCAUCCCGGGUCUCGACAACUUCCGCGGCCAGCUCAUCCACCCUCAAUUCUGGCCCGAAGACCUGGACUAUACCGAUAAAAACAUUGCGAUUGUCGGCUCCGGCGCGACGGCAGUUACUUUGUUACCCAAUCUGGCCGAAAAAGCCCGCCUCUGCACCAUGGUCCAGCGCUCUCCGACAUACAUCCUCUCCCUCCCAAAUCGUAACACGUCCAUCUGGUCAUACAUUCUGCCCUCGUCAUGGUCGCGUAAAAUGCAGCGGAUCUCAUGGAUCUGGACGUCCCGCAUUUUCUUCCUGUUCUGCCAGUCCUUCCCAUGGCUAGCACGGCUCAUCAUGAGCAUGCGUACCAAGAGCCAGCUUCCUGCGCACAUCCCAUGGAACCCGCACUUCAACCCGCGGUAUAACCCGUGGGACCAGCGCUUGUGCGUGUCACCGGACGGAGACUUCUACAAAGCGCUACGCAAGGGCCGCGCAGAUAUCAAAACGGAUACGAUCGACCAUGUCACGGAGAACGGGAUGAAGUUUGCCUCGGGCGAUAGUCUCGAAAAUCUUGAUAUUCUAAUCACGGCUACCGGUCUGCGACUGCAGAUCGCCGGCGGUGCAUCCAUCACUGUCGACGGCGAACCGGUCCAUCUUGGCGAUAAGUACCUCUGGAACGGCGUGAUGCUGCAGGAUGUUCCGAAUACCUCGUUUGUGAUCGGGUACACGAAUGCAUCGUGGACACUCGGUGCUGAUGCGACAGCGCACUUUAUCAUCCGGUUGAUGCGGUGGAUGGAAGAUAACGGUGUUGUCUCUGCGACGCCGCGCCUGGCUGAAAAUGCGCACUUGGAAAAUAGACGGUUGUUGAAUCUCAACUCGACGUAUGUCACCGUUGCUGAGAAGGACCUGCCCAAGGCAGCUGAUCGGGGGCCAUGGAGACCGAGGGAUAACUAUAUCUCAGACCUGUCAUUCGCUAAGUGGGGGAAUUUCAAUCAGGAUCUUCAGGUUGUCAAAAAGAAGGACUUGUAG